GUGCAUUAUUAUGCGCCGCGAGUCGAGUUUGCAUCAAUACAAUUGUCCUUCACGCGACAUUCAUGCGUAUGUGGCGUAGUGGCAAUGAAUGCCAAUGCUGGCUGCUAUCUGACGUUAGAUUUCUAGACUAUAGAUUUAUCUCAAUUUACUUCGAGUUUUAAAGUAAUCUUCGUCAUCAUGUCUUCCCAAGGAGUGCAGACUGAUUUUGUGACGUUGACAAGUUUUGUUCUUGCCGAGCAAAGACGUUUUCCCGAAGCAACUGGGGAGCUCACGACACUGCUUAAUUCACUGCUCACUGCCGUCAAAGCCAUUUCAUCAGCAGUAAGAAAGGCUGGCAUUUCACGCCUGUACGGUAUCCAAGGUUCGGUGAACACGACAGGAGAUGAACAGAAGAAGCUGGACGUGAUCUCAAACGAUCUCUUCAUCAACGCUCUGAAGGGAUCUUACACAACAUGUGCCCUCAUCUCGGAGGAGAACGAAAACAUGAUCGAGGUGGAGACGGAGAAGCAGGGGAAGUAUAUCGUGGCUUUCGACCCCUUGGACGGCUCGUCAAACAUUGAUUGUCUCGUCUCAAUCGGUUCCAUCUUUGGUAUUUGGAAGAAGACAAGUGAGGGCGCUGUGACAGAGAAGGAUUAUCUUCAACCUGGCCGACAAAUGGUUGCUGCUGGCUAUGCCUUGUACGGUAGCGCCACCAUGGUUGUACUCAGUACGGGAAAUGGCGUCAACGGAUUCCAGCUGGAUCCCGCGAUUGGAGAAUUUGUGUUGACAGAUCGUGACAUGAAGAUCAAACCAAGAGGAAAGAUUUUCAGUAUCAAUGAAGGAUACGCCAUGUACUGGGACGAAAGCAUCAAAGAAUACGUCAAGUCAAAGAAAUUCCCUGAGGAUGGCAAGGCUCCGUACGGUGCUCGAUACAUUGGAUCUAUGGUAGCCGACAUGCACAGAACGCUUAAAUAUGGAGGCAUCUUCAUGUACCCCGCCCACAAGAAGAGUCCCAAGGGAAAGCUGAGGCUGCUUUACGAGUGCAACCCGAUGGCAUAUGUGAUCGAAAAGGCUGGAGGGAAGGCUAUCGCUGGUCAGGAAAGGAUUCUGGACAUCCAACCAACGGCCAUUCAUCAGCGAUGUCCUGUUACCAUGGGUUCCAUGGAGGAUGUCGAUGACUUCCUGACCAUUGCACAGAAACACUCCAGCUAAGGGACGAUCUCAUGGUGGAUAAGUUAAGAAAAAAAAAUAAAAAUAAAAUGUAGAUCAUACAUUCAGUAUUUUGUUCUUUGAUCCCAGUGGUUUUUGACAAAGUGUAGAGUGUGACAAUAUGGCAAUAGAAUGAUAACCCUACUUUGGUGAAAACCCCUUCACCAAAAUCUGUUUGGGCUUUUUUUAAUCCAGAAAUUAUAGGUGAAGAAUUAUGUAGCUGAUUAAUGUGUGAGAGUCAUCAAUGGUUUUCAUAUCACAGAUAAUGUGUCUCCUGUGAAAUAAUUUUUUUUAGUAAAGAAACCUUUUGUUUAAUGUUCAUCUGGUAACAAUUAGAUUCCUUCAAAAUGUUGGGUGAAUCAUCAGUGAUUUUACAAACUGGCACAAACCUUGGCUGGUCUCCAAAUCACAAUUUUGAGAUAAUCGCAUUCAAAGUAUCGGUGCUUUUCUAAUGCUCAUAAGUCAUAACUUCAUGCUUUGAAAGAAAGCAGAAAGCUGGUUUGUGCCACUUUGUAAUAUUAAAGGAGGGGUACUCUUUAAAUACAAAUUUUGAUCUGAAAUUUGUUCAUUUUAUCUGUAUAGUCAAUGAUGGACUUUCAGAAUAUUAAUAAACUCAGUUUUGAAAAUUUGACCAAAAAUUAGGUUUGUGUUAGUUCGUAAAAUCACUGACGAAAUGACGAGAACAUAGUAGAGGGGAAAUUAUACCACGUUGGUACGAUAGAAUACUUUUAUUGGUGUUCGAAUCUUUUUGUAAAACAACCCAAGCUUCCUCCUUUGGCAAAAUUUGACUAAUAAAAUUGCAAAGUGAGAAAGACAUGGAUGCAUGUAAGUCAUGCAUUAAUGAGACACUUCUGUUCAAGUUCAAAAUGACAAGCAUUUACACAUGUUCCACUUUAAUGUACAGUACGUAUGAAAAUUUAAUUUUCUCAAUUUGGAAUGGGAAAUGAAAGAUCCGUGCUGCAAUAUUUGACGUGCAAGCCGGGUUUUGGUGUACUACUAAUGGGAUUGAUGCGACGGCCAGUCAUGUAAUUUUUAAAGUGCUAUUUAUAAUGUAAAGCAGUCAUCAUUAGUCUCUAUCAGUAUAAAUGUGAUGAAUGGUUCAUUACUGUGCCAUAGCAAAAUUUGCAAUGCUUUUUAACCAAAGUUUUAUACUAUUACACUGCCUCUUGAAAUGAUUUAAAAUUAUUUUCUUAAUCCCUGAAAUCUGGUUUUCAUUGAUUAUAUUCAUUCUUGUUUGAUUAUUGGUGUAAGUUUGUUGCUGUUGUAAAACAACACUUUAUGAAGAAGCUUUAAAAUAGAUAAAUGAUUCAGCCUAAUUGUAGGAUCCGGUUGCUUGAAUUGGUCUUUGCAAGGGAACUACUUCUGUAUUGCUGAUUUGUUAUGAAAUGCCAUAUUAAACAACUUGUCUUACAUUAUCAACAUAUGAGUUUAUGUAUUCAUACAAACUGUUCUUUUUAAUAUAACUGUAUAAACUUGUCAUGAUCCAGAUCUAUAAAUAAUUGUACAUGCAAUCUAUGUAUUUCUCAAAAGUUUAAUGAUAAUUUUACAAACAGCACCCCAUACAGCAUUUCAUAAUAAAUCAGCAAUAUGAAAGUCUGUCCCAAGAAAGGGCCCUCUCUUGAUACUGGACCCAACUCUCUUGAAUUGACAACAGUUCUUCCCUUGUUUAGAAUCUUUUUGAGUAAUCUUAAUAUUAUUUACUUCGUCAAGCUUCCUUCGUUGGUUCUUUUAAGCUGUGAAACAGAAUUUUAUUUUUAAUAGUAUAGUAUACAGUAUCUCAUGUUUUACAGAGAUCAUAUAUCCAAGAUUAUCCUGGGCAUAAAACACAAUAACUUCAGCAGUAAUACAUGUACUUUAAACACAUCUUUUCCUUUUGUAAACUUUAUGUUGCUUAAACCACUGCCCUUGUUAUAUACCCAGUAUUCCAGUAUUGCCAUGGUAGUCACCAUAAUGGCAAAGUUACAACAGUUGUAAGUCCUUUAUGAAACGAGCCCCUUGUCUAAAGUUGUGGUUUAACCAUGGAAAAUCUAUUGUGACAGGUAUCUCUUACAGAACAAGUUCAAUUAUCAGAUCAAAUGACACUCAAAUCAUUCAUAACCGACUGUGAAUAAUUACUGAAAUAGUUCUCUUCAUCUUCAUCUUCAUGAGAGAAUGAGCCAAGUAAAGAUAGGAAACGUAUAAUGUAAUUGAAUUUUGAAAUGUUUGGCUUCCCAUAAUUUCAUGAAGAGUUUGACCAUGGCCAAAUUUAAACCAGAAUUCAAGAGUACAGGCCAUGGACCAUGGUCCAUCAGACUUACCCUUACUUGGAAUUCUGACGAUUUCAGAUGGUUUAGAAUUACUGGUGUGAUUUGUGUGUAAUUAUCCUCCAUGGAAAACAUUAUUAUAAAGCAAAUUUACAUCAAUUAGAGUGCUUUGUGAUUGUAUAUAAUUUUCUUUAAGUUUUUAACUUUUAUAUGAAUAAAAGGAGAUGAGAAGAAAUUCUAGAGACAGGGCUAAAAAGGAAACAGUUGUCUAGCAAUCAUCAAAUUGGUAUCUUUGUCAGUUGUAAAUCUGGUUGCUUACUUCAAGAUAUCUUCUUGGUAUCUUUAAAAGUGAGAGAAAUUCCAAUUUGUAGAUAUAUGUCUGCUAUACUUGUGUAUGCCCUAUUUUUUUUUAAGAAUAGAAAUGAUCAAGGCUGAAAGAAUGUUUUUAAAGACAGGAUUCUUUAAUAUCUGGGAAUUAUAUGAAGCAGUGUUAUGAAUUUUCAUGUGGCAUAGUGGCAAUCCCCUUAUUUAAAUUAUAUUUCUUAUACAAGUAGACAUUAAUAAUGGCUUUUGAUAUUAUUUUACUGAAAUAUUUGAUCAGCCGAAUUUACCUUUGUAAUUAUGUGCCAUUUUAUGAAUUUAGGAGCAUUUAGUGAUGAGAACAAUUAUGUUACAUUCCUAGUAGUAGUACAUAAAGUACAUAAUUGUGAUCAGAAAUGUUUACAAAACCUUAGAAUUUUGGUUUCCGGCAAUGAGACAAGCUAUCACUUGUAGGUCUCAUGUUACAUUGUUCACCGAUUUAUCGCAUGAUGGCUUUCAAUGAUUGAUUUACACAUUAUGGCGAGUGCAUUCAGAUGUAAAUAAUGAUCAAUUGCCAAGUUUUGUGUAACAGCGUCCUGAGAAAUGUUAUCUCUCCUUAGCUUUGCUUUGGAAAUAAAUCUUCAUUCAGAUAGAUGCGACUUCUUUCACUGCUACUAGUAGUCUAGUUCUAGAUGAUCUUAAUUGAAUUCUAUUCUCACAUCUGACGUAAUCCUGUGCGUAUGCCGAGCCGAGUGAGCGCGUUAAAUCGAGAACCUGUACACCUAAACAAAAAAUGUUCACUCAGACAGGUUCUUGGUUUUGCGUGCUCACACGGCUUGGGGUAUGCACUGUACAUCGGAUGCGAGAAUAGAAUUCAAUUAAAAUCUUCUAGAACUGGACUAUGCUGCCAGCAGCAAUCAUUUGCUUAGAGUAUGCUAAACCUUGAAAUCAGUACAGUUUAUGAAUGCUGGAUAGUUGUUGCCAAAGGCAGGGUAACGUAUAACGUUCUUGCAGUAUUUCAUGUCUAUUUUGCCCGAAAUUCAUUGAAUAAAUGAAGAUUAAAUAUCUAA